ACCGGGUGUGCGCAAUAGCUAGUUGUUGUCAAGCGGUGGUUAUGGAGACGUGGAAUUAUGGUAGUAAUAGAGUUAAUGUUGCUUGAAAAGAGGCUCCAGUAGAUCAACUUGGGUUGCACAGAAAAAGGUUGCUGAUAGCUCAGAAAAUUUGAGAUCGUUCAGUGGAUGUAGUUCUUACGUUUUAUUUUUUCGCAAGGUCUCUUUUCUUCUGGAGUUUUCCUGACACUCGUCUUUCUCGUACUGUCAUACUUUGUUGACAUCUUUUAAUGUGUCCAGAAUCUUCAUAUAAAAGAAAAGCUUGUUUUAGAGAAUGUUCACUUCACUUUUGAUGUAAAUUGAUAUCUAAUCAUCAUCUAUGAAGAAAGUCUUUCUUUGGACACUCCUGACUGGAUUAAUGCAGCUGAAAUGUCCAUGGUGGAGUAAAAAGUCUUGCUCUGCAGGAUGCCUCACAAGGUAGGAUUUAUAGUGAUCAGUUCCUCUGGGCAUGAGGACGGCUACAGUGCUAAGGAGCUGAUGGUCCAUGCUCCAACUGUCAGUGGGUGGAGGUCAGCCAGGUUUUGCUCAUAUCCGCAAGAUAUUGUCAUCCAGCUGGUGGAGCGGUGUCAUAUUCGAAAAUUGCAGUUACUGGCACACCAGUAUAUGAUUUCUGCAAAAAUUGAAUUCUACAUAAGUGACAGUUUACCCGAGUACUUUUCUUCAAGCAACUCAGAUAGAUUCCGCAGACUUGGUUACAUAUCACUGUCUGAUAAUGAGAAAACUGGUUUUAAGGCUCGUGAGUUGAAGUCUGUACAUGUAGAUGCCAUUGGGCAAUAUCUGAAGCUAACUUUUCAUAAAAAUCAUGUCAACCGAUACAAUCUGUACAAUCAGGUUGCCCUUGUGGCAGUUAAUGUCCUUGGUGAUCCUGUUCACACCAGUGAAAUGGAAAACACUCCCACACGGGAACAGCUUAUUGAACAUUAUCUUAAUAACUCAAAUAAUGACUCAUCUGUUGAUGCAACUUACAUGGGGAAGACCAAUUUAAUUUCUCCUCUGGAUGACCUUGCCUUUGAUAUGUAUCAAGAUCCAGAAGUGGCUCAUAUAAUACGAGCACUAGAUGAAAAGAAACAGGAAGCUGUUCGAAUGGAACGUUAUGACCUUGCAAAGAAAUUGAAGCAGGCCAUUGCUGACUUGCAAAAGGUAGGCGAACGUCUGGGUCGUUAUGAGGUGGAAAAGCGCUGUGCUGUAGAGAAGGAAGAUUAUGAUUUAGCUAAACAGAAAAAGCAUCAAAUGGAUGAGUAUCGUAUGAAGGUUUAUCAGCAGCUCAAACUACAUAAUUUACUGGAUACUGCGGUGAUACGCAGAGCAUCUGAUUUCUUGCCAGAGCCUCUCAGUUAUCCUUCUCCCCAGCCACAGGGCUCUGAACAGCCAACACCAGUACAGUACAAACCAGAAAAGGAAAUAGAGCAACAUACUGAGUCUAAGCCAGAGACUGCUCCUUCAAACCCUUCAUCCAAAACACCAACGCCUCCAACAACUCCAGUUAAAAAAGUAGUUCCCAAGAUUAAUGUUAAUUCUUUGCCAUAUGAUGAAAGACCUCUACCUGCUCUUCAAAAACAAAUUGGUGAACAGCAGAGUUUUCCUUCAGAACCCUCACCUCCAGAUUCAGACAGAACUGCUCAAGGAACAGGCAUCACUGGUGAACCAGAGCCCUUAACAGAAAAGGUUCUGAGGGAGGCCAGUUUCCCAAUUGACGUGUAUGGUGAAGGCUUGGUGGCAGGAGCUUAUUCCAAAACCUGGUCCUAUCGUGAGGAUGCCUUAUUAGCUGUCUAUAGGAAACUAAUGGAUGUGCCAAUGGGAACAUCAAAAGAAGAUUUGAAAACUAUGAUGCGUGCUGCUAUCUUUCUUGUCCGGAGAGGCCUUUUGGACAAAGUUUCAUCAGUAUUUCAAGCCUCACUAAAGGUUUUAAAGAUGAUUAUAACUCAGUACAUCCCUAAACAUAAACUUGGAAAAGUUGAAACCUCCCAUUGUGUUGAGAGCACUCUACCUCACCUCUUGGCUAAAACUGGUGAUUCAACUACUCGACUACGUGUUGUGUCUAUCAAUUUUAUCCAGGAGAUGGCUCUUUUCAAGGAAGUGAAAGUUCUGCAGGUUAUCCCAACUGAGCUGGUGAAACCCCUGAAAACAACAAUGCCUGCCCGUCUUGCUUUAAGCCAGAUGGAGCUUUUAGAACGGCUGCUGAAAGAUCUUGGCACAGAUAACUCUGGAUUUACUGUGGACAAUGUUAUGCAGUGUACUACAGGAGCACUAGAACACAGUGCAUCAGAGGUUCGUGAAUCAGCAGUAAGACUAAUUUUAAGCAUGUACCACAAGCAUAAGAGCACAGUGCUAACUUACCUCCCAUCUGAAGAUGCCAACAUUCGUAAAAAUAUUCUCUACAAGACUCUGUUUGAUGGAUUUGCAAAGAUAGAUGGACGGCCGACAGAGGCUCAAACAAAAUUACAGAGGAAAACUGCUACUCGGGAGGCAGAGAAGAAGAAAAAAGAAGAGAUCCUUGCACUGCAGGAACAGUUGGCUGCCUUAAAGGAAAUUCAGGCAGAGGUACAAUCUGGGAAGGAUAAAGAACGGGACAUGCUUAUUGCUGGGAAAGCAGGUGGAAAAAAGGCCCCUUCUGCAAUAGCUGAUUCUGGGGAUGAUCACUCUUCUGUUGUAAAUUACUUAGACAACUUAUGUAUAUUCUGUGGUGAGAGAGAUGACUCCUUUACAGAAGAAGGCUUAGAUCUGCAUUACUGGAAACACUGUCCAAUGCUGAAACGCUGUGAACACUGCAGACAGGUGGUGGAAAUUUCUAGCCUUACAGAUCACUUACUAACAGAAUGUGACAAAAAGGACAGUUUUGGUAAAUGUCAGCGCUGUACGGAGGCAAUUCCAAAAGAAGAACUGAUUGAGCAUAUCCGUGCAAAAACAUGUAAUCCUGCAAAGUCAGAAAAAGUUGCUAAUUACUGCCCUUUGUGUCAUGAAAACUUUUCACCUGGAGAAGAGGCCUGGAAGUCUCACUUAAUGGGAAGAGAUGGAUGUAAAAUGAACCCACGAAGGAUACAGGCCCUACAGAGAACCCAGUCAAUCCAAGGUAAGGCCAACAGUCUGGCUGUGACUAAACCAGGAGUUUCAGGCGUAAAAGGUCGCUCACCAUCUAGCAAGAUACCAGCACCACGGACUGGAGUUGGUAAAACAAUCAACAGAACCUCAGCAAAGCCUUGAAAACUUUUUGGCUACAAAUUUAAUUAUUUUUAUGUAAUCAAUUUUCUUUUCUAAGGACUAUGCAUUUUCCAGUUCUAUGAUCAUAAAGGUGAAGAUUUUGUUUUAAUCAUGUUGUUUUUAAAAAUUCAAAUCUUGCCUUAAUUUUAUAGAUUUGUUUUAAUUCACAACUUCUAUUAAUCUUGUUUAGGUGUUGUGCUGAUCUAAUCACACAUACUUAAGUAAAAGACAUUUUUACCUCGCACAACUGAUUCCAGGAUUUAAGCUUGAGUAAGAUCAUAACAUCCCAUACUGCAUUUUAAAAUCCUAAAAUAUUUACACUUGUCUCCUUUAUUGAACAUAACUAGCUAUAAGAUAAAAAACUUGUUUAAGAGUGUAAGAAAAUUUACAAUAUAGCAACAGCUGUAACAUGCUUGAGAUGGUGCAUUUUUAAUUUAUUUUUAUGUCAACACACUUUUAGAGGAUAUUUUCCUUUUUUAUAAAGUCUUCCUAAGCAUAUUUUGGCAUUAAUUAUUUGAAUAUAUUUUACGUAAAGGUCAUGUCUCCCCUUUUUUAUGAAAUGUGUGGUGCCCCUCAUAAAUAAAUUUUAAUAGUUGAGAUAAAAAGUUUGAGAACCUUUUGGAAUUUUCUGCAUUCCUGCUUGGAUGGCACUUAAAGUGUAGUCUGGUCUUCAACCAAGACCAAGUCCUAAUAACUGAUCAAGACUGCUAAUUAAACAAAUAGCAUAAACAAGAAUUAUACCUUUUUGUAACUACAUUAUGUGUAUUGCAUAUUCUUUGUUGAAUUUUAUUAAUAUUAUUUGAAGAAAACAGUAUUCCAUCUUAACAAACCAUAAUUCUACCACUGCCUCAGAGAAAGAGAGGAGAGACUACAACAUGGGCAAAUCUUUAAAAAAAACAAAACAAAGAGAGUGUCCUUUUCCCCACUAUAAAUGCUUGUUCUAAGAUUUGAAAAAAAAAGUUUUGAACAGAUCCUCUAAGUGAGAAUUUAAUUUUUCCAGUUUCAAAUAGUAUAGAACAUCACUGACUUAUAACAGUUGAGCAAGAUAAGUCUACAUGCUAGUAGUGUAGUAUAAGCCAUUAUAAUCAAUUUGUCCUUCUCCACUUUAAGUCCAUCUGGGAGUACACCAAACAAAGCUGUUGAUGGGUUAAGAGUGAUUGUAACACCAAGGCUGUCUGAUAGGCAUUCAAAGAUGUUUGUCCAGACUGACGUUAAUUUGGUGAAUGCCCAAAACAUGUGGCCCAGUGAGCCUAGAGCUAAAUUGUAACAUUCACAUGUUGAGUUUUUCCUUGGAUACAUUUUGGACAAUUUUAAAUGCGAUAAAUGUGCUCGAUAAAAGAUGUUAAGUUGGACGGUUGAAUGCUUUGCGCAUAUGUAGCUGGAAUGUAUUCCAUGCAUGGCAGUCUCCACUGCUUUAUAGAGAUGAUCCUUUCUUUAACAUAUUCUAGGAUCUUUGAAAGGAAGAAAAUUUAAGAUAACAUGUUUUUAUAUAUUGUUGAGAUGCUGUCUGAAUCUUCAAGGGUGAUCAGUACUGUGUCUGGAAUAGAAAUGGGUGGGAGGUGAGGAAAAUCUGGCAGGUUCCUUUUAGCAAAGUUUCUGAUUUGAAAGUAGUGGAAAAAUUGUAUUGAUGAGAAGUUAAAUUUGAAAUAUAAUUGUUCAUAAGAUGUAAAGACAUUAUCUAUAUACAAAUAAUCUAGGACAUUUUCCAAACAUUAAAUACUGUGUAGGUUUGAGAGGGUAGAAAAAGACCAGCCUUGUGCAGGUCUACAAUCUUGUCCCUAACGUCCUUUGACAGCUCUUUGGUGUUGCCCAUGGUGGUUUAGAGGUUGGAAUAGAAGAAAUGGAUUCUGUUGGCAGGUGUACUUUAUACACAUAACGAGUUGAGAUCAGGAGUAUCUGUGAUUGAUUGAUCAAUUGAUUGAUUGUCAUCUGUGUGCCACAUGGGCACACAACAAAUUCUGGCUGGGCUGUAGGGGAUCAAAUACUUACUUCUCCCAGUGAUAUGCAAAACAAUAACUUUUAUGUAAUGUGUUUUUUCUGGAUUUCUGUUUGCUAUUCUGUCUCUCUCCAUUAAAAUGUAACUACCAUAAAAAUUAGAGACUGUUCAUUUCUUUGUAAGUGAGCAAGCUUACAAACUCAGUAGGGGAUCAGAUACUUAUUUCCCCCACUGUAUUUGCUUCCCAGUAAUAAAAUUGAAAGUUAGGUAGUGCCAUGCCCCCCUUUUCUUUAGGUUGCUGUAGUUUCCCUUUGGAUGUGUGGAUGUUUCAAACUCCAAAUAAAUGAAUUUCAAAAGAACCGUUUUUUAAUGUAUAUGGGAAUACUCUGAAAUAGAAAUGGGAGCUUGGGAAGGGUGUUCAUCUUGACAGUAUUGAUUCUCCGUGCUAAUGUGAGAUGGAGGGUAGACCAUCUGUUCACAUCUUUUUUUAUUUUUUUCCAUGCAGAGCCAAAUUUUGUUGAAAAAAGAUCUUUAUAUUGUGAUGUGUACCCCUAGGUAUUUGAACUGAUCUUCUGAAAUAAAUGAGUAGGUGUCCAGUCUAGUAUUGUUUGCUAGAGAGUUCAAUGGAAAAAGCACACUUUUAUUCAAAAGAAGUGAAAUUGGUGUGUAUGAUGCACUUUGUAAGAAGUCCUUAUUUUUCUUUGGAAAGACAGUAAUUAAUGCUGGGCGAAAAGUUUAAAGUAGACUUUUCUUGUCUGUAGCUUCUAUAAACUUUGCUAGUGGUAGUGAAGCUAACUUAUUUGAAAUUUUUUUUUUUAUAAAAUUCCACUGGGUAACAUCAGAGUUUAUAACGUCUAGUAAUUCUGAGAGUCAGAGGUUUGUCCAUUUCCUCUGCACCAAGAUUAUCUAGCUGUGAUAUUUGUAAUGCGUCAAAAAACUUAUUAGAUUGUGUCUUAUCAUCUUUAAACUGGGCAGAAUAUAAGGACUUAUAGCACCCUUUAAAUGUGGGGGGUAUAUUUUUAUAGUUAUUGAUUUUAUCUCCUUCUGUGUUGGUAAUUUCUGAUAUUGCAUUGCGAACUUACUGCUUUUGGAUUUGAUGAGCUAAGAUCUUAUUAGCCUUCUCUCCAUGUUCAUAGUAAUGAUGUUGCAAUUUAAAGAUGAGCAGUUCUGUUUCUUUAGUUGUCAAGAGGUUAAAUUCUGAUUGCAAAACCUGUCUUUUCCAUUAAAGUUCCUCAUGUGGACACCUGGCAUAUUUUUGAUAUAUUCUGGUAAUUUCAUUGAUUAGCUUUGGCGUCUUCUUGGUUUCCAAUUUAUUUUUGUAGGAAAGAUAUGAAAUAAUCUGUCAUCUUAAAAAAGUCUUCAGAGUUUCCCAGAGUAUUCCUGCAGAGACCUCUGAGGAUACAUUUGUCUCUAAAAAAAUAAACUGUUUGCUUACAGAUGAAUUCUGUACAGUUCUUAUCAGCUAAUGACAGGGGGCUAAGAUGCCAGCUAUGAGAAGAGUGUGUAAGGCACAGUGGUUUAAGCUCUAUGAUCAGAGGGGCAUGGUUGGAAAUAACAAUCGCAUCAUACCUGCAAGGUUUGAUAGUAGGCAAUAACUGAUUAUCAAUAAAGAAAUAAUUAAUUCUUGAGUAACUGUGAUGUACUCGUGAGAGGAAGGAAUAUGUUCCUGAGCUUAAAUUUAAAAAUCUCUAUGGGUCUGAUAAGUUAUGAUCCAUUACAAAAUGUGUGAUUAUUUUUGCAGAUGUUCUCACCACUGUAGACGAAGACCUAUCGAUGUUUGGAUUUAAAACACAACUAAAGUCUCCAGCCAUUAUAAUUUUAUGAAUGAUCACAUUAGGAAUAAAUGCAAUUACAUUUUGGAUGAAAUCUCUGUCAUCCACAUUAGGCACGUAGAUACAGUAUUUAUCAAAAUCACUUUGACAUAUCGCCCUUCAGAAUCAGAUACUACGUCUGAUACUGCAAAUGAGAUUGUUUUGUGUAUUAAGAUUUCCACACCUCUAGUUUUCUUUGUAUAGCUGGAGUGAAAGAUUUGGCCAGUCCAAUCUCUUUGCAACCAAAACUGGACCUUACUUAUUAAGUGAGUCUCCUGUACUAUCUUGGCAUUUAGAUCUGUUAGGUGAGAAAAUACUUUUUUUCUCUUUAGAUCAUGAAUGAGACAUUUCCAGCUCACAAAAUUCACUUACAGUGAAACAGACACUGCUUCUGUAUUUUUGGGGACAUUUUGUAAACUUAAGUAAAAGUAGAACGUUAAUUUGAUACAAUAGCUUUAACCUUGAUUUCAUAUUGUUGCCAAGUAUUGUGGCUACAGAGUCUUUAAUCAUGUUGGCACUUAUGGUGGUUGGGGUAAAAAGGAUAAAUAAGAAGUAACUUGCUCUCUUUCUCCCCCAAGCCAUCUUGCCUCCAAAUGAGGCAAGACCAAAGUUCGCAAAGUCCCAGUCCUCUGACAUGCCAAGAGACAGAGCACGUCCAAAACAAAACAAAACCCCAGCAGUGGUGUAGUAAAGAUUAAAAUUAAGAUAUGAUAGUAAAAUCCAGUUGCAAUAAACCUAGGGUAAGAUGCUAAGUAGUCCCCUUGGAAAUUGAGGUAAGCUGUGAUAGCACAGUCCAGAUAUAGUAUGGUAUGAUUAUAAAUAGUCCUUAGGCGAAAAGAAAAACAAAAGUCUAAAAAUACUGUAAAUAACUAGUUACUUAGUGGUUACCAAAAUAUACAUAUAUUUAAUAGAAGAAAUUUCAACAUUGUGGUUUAAAACAGAAAAAAUAGAAAAAGAAAUCAAAGUAAUAAAAAAGUAUCCAAAAAGAAAUGGAAUAUAUAGUUACAGCAAGUGUCACAUUACAAAUAGACCAAGUUGCAAGUAGAAUCUUCUUUGCUUACGAGGACACAAUAUGACUUAUGAUCAUGUUUUAAAUGAUGUCAAGAUUAGUCUUUUUAGGUGAAAGUAUCUAUCUAUCUAUCUAUCUAUCUAUCUAUCUAUCUAUCUAUCUAUCUAUCUAUCUAUCUAUCUAUCUAUCUAUCUAUCUAUCUAUCUAUCUAUCAAUAUUGCAUAUUCAAAGUUAAGAAUGGAAAAGUAUGUAAUGAUUUAGAUUUAGUGGCAGCUCCUUUAGCAGCAUUACUCUCAACCAAAACUACAGCUCUUACUCAGACCAGUGCAGCAUUUCUCAAUUACUUUGGCCUCUUCCUCCGUACAGAAUGUUUUCAGUUCAUGGUAUUCUUUGUACAUUUGUGAAAAUGAGUUACUUUAGAUCCUGUCACAGCAUUUUAAUAGGGCUGAGGUCUUUUACUUGGCCAUUCUAAAAUGUGGAAUUCAUUAUGGUUAAGAUAUUCUGUCCUUAAAUUAUUCUUUUAUUUAGAAUUUUGAUUAUGGCGCAUGACCCAGUUUCUUUUGAGCAUCAUAUCACAGAGUGAUGCUAUGAUGUUCUCCUGUAAACUUUCUUGAUACAACCAGGAGUUCAUUGUUCCUUCAAUAUUCGUACCUGUUCAGGCAGUACAGGAGAACAGCCGUCCCACAUCAUGAUGAUGUCUGAGCCAUUCUUCGUAAUCUGGAAAAGGUUUUCUUGGUAUUAUGCAAUUUUUUGUUUUCUCCACCGUUUACACUGUAAUUUAGGCAACUUUUAACUCUGCUAUCCACACUUUGUGCCAGCGAAGUGGAGCAAAUCUGCAGUUUCCUGUCUUGGAAUCUUUCACAAACACUGCUUUUGUUUAAUGUUUUUCUUAUUUUAAACACAUGCACACAGACGCUUGUAAGCCAGAAAGGACACCUGCAGAUCCCUAGCUGUUGCCUUAGGACUACUUGUGACCACCAUUAGCAGUACGGUCUGAUUUUAUAGUGGUUUUUGGAGGAACUCCUGCUCCUGAGUAGAACAACAAUGGUACUGAAUUUCUCCUGUUUGUGCAUCUUAAACAGAACAUGGACCUCAACCCCAUGCCUAAAUUAUAUAUCUUCAACUGGAAGAUCCUUUGUAAUACCUUGGAUAUUGAAACAAUAUAUUCAAUUAAAAUAUGGCAAUACCAAAGCAACUUUGUUUUUAUAUUUGUUUUUUAUAACAUAGAUAAAGAUCAGAUUAGAUUUUAGAAAACAUUCAUGUUAGAGUUUACAAUUUACACAAACGUUUACUUGUAGUUGUACCUACAAGUGGAGGAUAAAAGCUUUUAACAUUCUGCAUUAGAAAUAUGGUUAAGAGCCACUUCCCAAAAUUUUGAAAUGUUGAAGAGCUGUGACCAGCAAAUUGAGAAAGAUGGCAUUGCACAUUUUUUUGAGGGCAUACAGGCACUUAAGCAUUAAAAAUGCAUCAUCUUCAUGCUUUUUGAAAUACCUUAGAAUUCUGCAUUCUUGCAGAAUUUCACACACUUAACUAUACUGCUGCCUCAACCCCUGAUCUUGCAAUUACGGAACUUUAUUGUCUAUUUGUGAUAUAGCACAAUAUGUUAUUAUUUAUUAUAAUUUUUUAAUAAUUUGAUUGUUACCUCGAUUGCUGAUGUGACAUAUACUGAACUUGUUUAUCUUAUUGUAUAACCUACAAUGGUAUAUUUUAGAAUUAACUAAAAUGGAAUAAAUAAUUUAUUUCA